UGAACGCUUCGGCAACACUGUACAGGCCACCAGCAGCCGCUCAGCUCUCCCUUUGGUUGCCGAGUUGCGGUUUGCAACGUGCCAGUAAUUCUGAAACCCAGGUUCUUGGCCGUAUUACCUUCAAAUAAGUAACCACCAGAAACACCCUUUUUGUUUGCCGGUUGUGGCAGAGCAAGAUCUAGCUAAAUACAAUGGCGGUGCAAAAGGGAAAACAGGGCACAAAGGGUCAAAAGCAAAUUGUGGAAGAAAACAAGCAGACCAUCAAGUUCUAUGCUCUUAUGGCAGCAGGUGCUACUGGAUUUUAUGUUACAAUGAUGGCUACAGUCUUCAGCAAUUCCUUUACGAUAUUCUACUGGAUUAUGGCAGUUUUUGCAGUAUUGGUUUAUGGUGGAUGUAUUCAGGCAAUGCGAUAUAUGGCCAGGUCGUGUUACAGUGAAAGUGGGCAGUUACUGGAUGGAGGUAUAGACCUGAACAUGGAGGCAGGGAUUGCUGAGCACCUAAAAGACUUAGUUAUACUCACAGCUGCUGUGCAAGCUAUUUCACUUCUCUCCAACUACUUCUGGUUGUUAUGGCUACUUGCUCCAGGUCGAGCGUUUUACCUCCUAUGGGUGAAUAUCCUUGGGCCAUGGUUUUUCCAGCCAGCUGCACCUGAAGUAGAUGAUAAGAAGCAGCGAAAAUUGGAAAGAAAAAUGAGAAGACAUUAACGAUAAAUGGAGCAUGUAUUGUCUUUUGACAAUAGUAUUCUCAUUUUCGUGUAAUACAACAGCAGAUUUUUCUAAUUUA